CAGCUGCUCCCUCCGCCCAGCAAUGGCGAUCUGCCCCCAAUCUCCGUUCAAGCUCUUCACCGCCAUCCCAUCACAAUCAUCGAAGCCCAAACCCCUCCACCUCCGAUGCAAUUUCUCCCUCCCCUCCCGACCCCCCCUCACCUUCACCGAGCCCGAACCCGUCUUCACCUCCGUCAAGGCCUUCGCCCCAGCAACCGUCGCCAAUCUAGGCCCGGGAUUCGACUUCUUGGGCUGCGCCGUCGACGGCCUCGGCGACUUCGUCUCCCUCACCAUCGACCCCCAGGUCUCGCCUGGCGAGAUCUCCAUUUCCGAGAUCUCCGGUGACCACAACUCCAAAAAGCUCAGCAGAAACCCUCUCUCGAACUGCGCCGGAAUCGCCGCCAUAGAAGUCAUGAAGAUGCUUGGAGUUCGAUCGGUAGGCCUUUCCCUCACUCUGGAAAAGGGGUUGCCUUUGGGCUCCGGGCUCGGAUCCAGUGCGGCGAGCGCGGCGGCGGGUGCUGUUGCGGUCAACGAGAUUUUUGGCGGGAAAUUGGGGAUAGAGGAAUUGGUGAUCGCGGGGCUAAAAUCGGAGGAGAAGGUGUCUGGCUACCACGCCGAUAACAUAGCUCCGGCGAUUAUGGGAGGGUUCGUGUUGAUUCGGAGCUACGAACCGUUGGAUUUGAUUCCGUUAGUCUUUCCGGAUGGUAAAGAAUUGUUUUUUGUGUUGGCAACGCCGGAGUUUGAAGCUCCGACGAAGAAGAUGAGGGCGGCUCUGCCGGCGGAGGUCGGGAUGGCCCACCACGUCUGGAAUUCGAGCCAGGCUGGGGCGCUGGUGGCGGCGGUGCUGCAGGGGGACGUGCCAGGGCUUGGCAGGGCCUUGUCGAGCGAUAAGAUAGUGGAGCCGCGGCGGGCCCCUCUGAUCCCCGGCAUGGACGCGGUUAAAAAGGCGGCGAUCGAGGGCGGAGCAUUCGGGUGCACAAUAAGCGGGGCGGGGCCCACUGCGGUGGCGGUCACGGAUGAUCCCGAGAAAGGAAAGGUGAUCGGAGAAAGAAUGGUGGCGGCAUUUCUAAAGGAAGGGAAGUUGAAGGCGGCGGCGAGUGUGAGUAGACUCGACCGGGUUGGUGCCAGGCUUGUCAGCACCAUUCCAAGAUAGAAGUAUCACUAAACUAAGAGCUAGUCGGUUUUAAAAUGAUUGGAGGGAGAGUUUGUUUUGUUGGGUAAGGAUUUUAGGUGGUUUUGUAAACAAAUGUACUAGGAAGGAAGGUGGCUUCUGUGUUUGUGUUGCAUUUUGUAUUCACAUAAAACUAGUGAAAUGCGUAAUGAAGUGUUUUGAUUAAGCACUAA